GGACUUUAAGAAUGUUUGUCAGUCGGUGUGGCCUCCUCUUGUGGUGGGCUACUAGGAUUUUCUUUCAACACUGAUAGGGCGUUUCAUUUUGUCAAGUGAAAUUUCAGGACUCGCAGAUGAAGGCAACUUGGAAUCCAAUAUGUUUGACAAUGUGGAGGAGACCAAGAAAAUAACAGUAUUUGAAGUAGCAAAUAUUUGGCAGUGUCAAGGGGAUCUCAUUGUCUUAAAGCUUAUUAAAUAAACGGUCAUACCUGAAUCUCUCAAGCAAAUUUCAGUCAUUUGUGAAUUACUUUGUUGAUUGUUUGGAGAAAAUAUCAGUACAUCAAUUACUGUAACACUGAAGAGUUUCUACUGUUUAAAAAACCAAAACACACAGCUGACAUUUCCUGAUGUUUGUUUCUGACUGAUGUAAACGGAGGGUUGGAGUUCAGAGAUAACCUUAUUUGAAUAAAGAUGCAUAUUUUUAAUAAACUUCUUUCUUGUAAUCUGUUACAUGUCACUGAAGUCCAGAGGAGCAUCCAAGGGAGCUUCAGGAUCUCAGCUCAGUCCUGCCUGAUGCUGGAUGUUUAAGGUGACCUCGUGUUUAGACUGCUGCAUGAAAGGCUGUUCUGGAGGAAUGAAGAGGACCUUUCAGAGAUGCACAGAUACAUCUGAGCUCUGUGGUCAGACAUUGCUGCUGCUGUUUUGGGAGCACAGUCUCUCGUUUGGACGCUUAGAUAUCUAUAGCAGUUUUGUGCUGUCUUUUCCAUGGGCUUCUGGACUUUGAUUUGCUUGUUUCAGGAUCCCUGGGUCUAUUCUGAUGUUGGAGAUGCUUCUGUUCUUUGCAUAUACAAAUCUGAGGCUUUUUUCUUUAAAAGUCACUCGGUUCUACCAGGUAACACAGGAACAGAGCCUUUAGCCUUGAUUGCAUUUAAACUGAAAGUAAAAGGCAUUGACUUGAAUCUGAGGGAGUAGCAACACCAGUACUUACAAGCAGCUGGCUCUAAGAUUCUAUUAAGUCAGUGAUCCUUGUAAACAGCAAGCUGCAGUCAUUGAUUUUAAACCUCAGUGCAUUUUAUAUAACACGUUGUAUUGUCCUCAGUUUCAAAUCUAACUUCAGAACGCCUCUUCUCACAUGAGACCCAUUUAUACUUAGUCAUGAAAGUGCAUAAUGAGUAUCAAAAUCAAUUUUGAUUAGAACAAACAAACAACUUCCUUGUUAUCUGUAGUCUAUCAAAGUAGUUUUGCUGUGGUUUGGAGUUCUUGCUGCCACGAUAACUCUAUCUGAAAAAUGGGUCCCAAGUUGCUUGUUUAAUCAUUAAUAAUCCAGGAUUACAGAAGGUCCCGUUUAUUUAUUCUUUUUAUCAUUUCUUUUCCCCCUCAUUUUUAAAUAGUAACAGGCCUGCUUUAAUUAGAAAGGCUCUAAUACAGAUUAGGGCAUUAGGCAGACUGGAAUCCUCCCAUCUCAGUGAAAUUAUGAGAGCUCUGAGAGAACCAUUUAGAUAAUCAAGACUGCAGAAUAUUCCAUUAAGCCACAUGCAGUCAGGCAUAGUAAAGCAAACGUUCAAAACCCCAAACCAUGGACAUCUGAGACCUACCAGGUGAUGUUUUCCCCCAAAUAAUGCAUGGUCUGGGUAGCAGAUCCUGCAAACCUUCACCUGAAUGGAGCCGUGGGGUCAGUGAUGUGAGCAGAGGUUGGAAAGAUGGGGAGGCUGCACAAAGAAUCCAUGUAAAGGAUGCGUCGUAGCUCAGAUUCAUUUCUCCUUUACUGAGAGUUAAGAUCCGAAACAAGGGGUACUGUGGCCAUGGUGAAGGAUGGGGAAGAGUGAAAUAAACCUCGCGGAGCACAAAGCAGGGAGAUGCCGUUUGCUUUUGACCAGGACUUUAUUUCAGAUCCAUUGUCUUCCUGGGAACGUUUUGGCCCUUGGGAAAGUGAGAGUUGUAAGAUGGAAGAAGUCGAAGCGCCAUUGCACGCUCUUCUUUUUUUUAACUAUAAUUAGCUUAAGGUAUUAAUAUAAAAAGUAGGUAGCUGCAUCUAAUGAUUUUUGUGUGUGUGUGUGUGUGUGUAAUCUGAACCAUCUGCCUCUAGAUAUUAAGGAGUUCACUCUUUAAUCCAGAUUAUGGCUGACAAACUGGUUUUGGCAUUCACGUUUCACUAGCACUGUGGCCCCCGGGGAGCUGCUGUGGCUGCAGAAACUCUCCUGCUUGCGACUGUUGAUUUUGGAAAUUACUCUUCUGUUGGUUGGUUGGGUUUGGCUUUCUCGUGGUGGUUUGCUUGUAGCUCCUGUCUUCUUGAGGAUGGCCUUCCUAAUGAAAAGCAUGCUGAGCAACCAGGUGAAGAAUUUGGGGCUUGGAGGUGGAGGAGAAGAAAGCAAAGAGGAAAGCACUCCUUCCGACCCAGCAGCUGCUGCAGGAAUGACCAGAGAGGAGUAUGAGGAGUACCAAAAGCAAAUGGUUGAGGAAAAGAUGGAAAGAGAUGCUGCGUUUGCACAAAAGAAGGCAGAAAGAGCCUGUCUGAGGGUUCACCUGAGAGAGAAGUACCGGCUCCCCAAGAGCGAACUGGAUGAGAACCAAAUACAGAUGGCUGGAGAUGACGUGGGGUUGCCAGAAGACCUCCAGAAGAUGGUGGCAGAGGAUCAGAUAGAGGAAGAGGACAAGGACUCUAUCCUGGGACAGUUGCAGAACAUUCAGAAUAUGGACAUGGACGCCAUCAAGGAAAAGGCACAAGCCACCUUCACCGAAAUCAAACAGGCUGCCGAGCAGAAAUGUUCUGUGAUGUAGGGGGGACCCCGGGGCUGCCCAUCCAACCCACCUCACAGGGGUGGGGGUGAGGGCGGGCAGAGGGGCACACUUAGCUCUAUGGCAAUACAUGUCAACAUGAGAGAGAGACAGAGACCAAAACCUCCCAGGGGGUACAUUUAGGUGCUGUAGUUGCUUAGAGUAAAGGCAGAAAUUAUUCUAUUUAUUUUUUUUAACAUAAUAUUUUUCCUCAAGGAAAAGAUGUCUUGAAAAGAAAAAAAAAAAGAGGAAAAAAAAAAAAAGCAAAUGCUGGGGGAAAAGCGUGCCUUUUCAAAGUGUUCAAAAUGCUACUAAAUGUGUCAUUGUCAGCUACAGCUGUGCUUCCACUGCAUAACCUAUAGGUAAUCACUCGUUCAAUACUGCUCUCAGAAAUAUACAUAUGUAAUUAAAACACCUCGUUCCAAAGAUUUUAAAGCAAAACCAGUAUUCAAAUGCAAGAAUUCUUUUAAAAAACAGAUUGUUUUUGAUCACCACUGUUGUAAAUAUAAAGGCAAAAAGUGAAGCAUAGAAUGCUACCUGGGACAGUCACAUUGCUGUGUGUGGAUGCCAUGGGGAGCUGCAGGACACUCAUAGCAAUGAGAUGUUGUGCACUAUAUCCCACACAGAGAUACACUGCCCUCUCACGUGGCUGAUGCAUAUAAUAGCACUCAUACAGGGCCCUGAUAUUAUGUAAAACGAAGCACUUUGUAAAUUCUUCACGAGCUGAUUUGUGAAUUAAAUGUGCAAAUGGGGAUACGUAGCACCUUCCUACAGGUUUGUAAGUCUCUUCUCUCUCAUUCUCCACCCAAUCAAAUAAAAAUAUCCUUUCAAAAUGAAAACCACUGAA